GCUCCCACGUGUAGGUGGCGCCAUCCUGAUACGACGCACCAUGGAGGACGAGGAAGAUCUGUUUGUGGCGGAGGGCCCCCUGAGCGCCAGCGAGGAUGAGGAGGAUAGCGACUCGGAGCGCAAACACCGGAAGCUGCUGGAAGCCAUCUCCUCCCUGGAUGGGAAGAACAGGCGGAGGUUGGCGGAGCGCACAGAGGCGAGUCUACAAGUGUCUGAAUUCGGCAUCAGCUCGGAAGGAGCUGGGGAGAAGAUCUCUCUGUCCGAUCUCAUUGCACCCAUCAAGAAAACCGCCUCCCUGUCUACCGUGAAGAAGCAACUAAACAAGCUGAAAGACAAGAAGAGUGUGGAGCUUCCCCUGAGCAACGAGGAGACACAGAAGAUCGAGAGAGUGAUUUCUUACAAGAAUGCAGCAGAAGAGGUGGCCAAAUGGGAUCAUAUUGUGAAGCAGAACCGAGCGGCCGAGCAGCUGAUCUUCCCACUUGCCGAUGAGACUUUAAGACCGACCCGCAUCGAGGAGAAGGUUUCUGGGUGGCAGGCGCGCACACCUCUGGAGAUGGAGAUAUUCGGCAUCCUUCAAAGCAACAAUCAACCAAUCACCGACCCCUUACUGACGCCGCGGGAAGAGGAGUCGUUGAAGGCGAUGAGUCUGGAAGAGGCCAAGCUACGGCGAGCUGAGCUCCAGAAAGCGCGCGCCCUGCAGUCCUUCUACGAGGCAAAAGCCCGAAGGGAGAAGAAGAUUAAAAGCAAAAAGUAUCACAAGGUGCUGAAGAGGGGCAAGCAAAAGGAGGCCAUAAAAGAGUUUGAGGAACUCCGAACGACAAAUCCAGAAGCUGCUUUGGAGGAAUUGGAGAAACUUGAGAAGACCAGGAUGGAGGAGCGGAUGUCACUGAAGCAUCAAAACAGCGGAAAAUGGGCAAAAUCCAAAGCCAUCAUGGCAAAAUAUGAUGAGGAGGCCCGAAAGGCCAUGCAAGAACAGCUACAGAGGAAUAAAGAUUUAACCAGGAAAAUCGAAGUUCUGUCAGAGAGCGAUGAGAGCGAGGAAGAGGAGACCGUCCCAGAUUUUGUCAAUGACGUGCAAGUGAUUUCUGAGGGCCGCAACCCCUGGAUGACGGGAAAACUGAGCAGUGAUGCAAAGGAUUCUGGGAACCAGGAGGAGGAGGAGAAGGCACAGGCGGAAGCAGAAUUAAACACAAAGCCUGAGGAUCAAGAUGAUGAAGAGGAAGAGGAGCAGGAAUCCGAAGAAGAGGUUUUACUUAAAGAGUUUGAAGACAAACGACGUUUGAGGAAGCAACAAGAGGAGCAGGAAUCCAAUGACAAAGAAUUAGCAUCUCCUUCUGUUCCAUGCGCAGGUAAUAGACUGGAGACAUCAGACCUGACUACGGAAGCUGAGGAGAAGCAAGUGUCCCAGUUCAACCAGCUUUUUCAGAAGUUGAUGGAACAAAACCGUAAAGAAAAAGAACUGAACAAGGACAGCCCGGCUGCUGAACCCGAGGAGCCAUCAGGAGGUGACCCGGAGGAGGAGCUGGAGGGAGCAGAGGAAGGACCUUUACUGAUGGAGAGCGAUGAGAGGAAGCAGACUCUGGAAGAUGUAGAAGCUCUGGCACAGGAGGAAGGGAUCGAUGAGCUCGCAACCCAACUGAAUGAUCCUGGAAAGAAGAAAUCAGGAGAGCCGAGUGUGCAGCCAACCAGCGUCAAGCAGGCCAGGAAAUCUAAACUGAUUGACCACAAUGACGUCCUACCUGUGAAGGCUAAGAAGGUUCGGAUGCAUCUGCUGCCCACCACCGUGGAGGAGGAGGACGAGGAGAUGGAAGACGAUGAGACGGCACAGAAAAUGAUCAUCCAGGAGGCAUUUGCAGGCGAUGAUGUCAUCAGCGACUUCCUUAAAGAGAAGCAGAAGGCUGAGGAGGCGGGGAAGCCCAAAGACAUCAACCUGGUGUUACCCGGAUGGGGGGAGUGGGGUGGAACCAACCUCAAAGUCAGCAAUAAAAAACGCAGUAGGUUCAUUAUUAAAGCUCCCCCCGCUCCUCCAAGAAAGGACCAACGUCUCCCCAACGUCAUUAUUACUGAGAAGAGGAACAUUAUGGCUUCCGCACAUCAGGUCAAUGAGCUUCCGUAUCCUUUCAACAACCGGCGGCACUUCGAGAGCAGCAUUCGCACGCCAUUGGGGAAAACGUGGAACACGGAGAAGGCCGUUCAUAAACUGACCAGUCCGCGGGUGAUCACCAAGAGGGGGCACAUCAUCGAGCCGAUCACAGAAGACGUCUUCCAGAAACACACCAAGACCAGUAAAGCGGACAUAGAACUAAACAAACUCAAACCGAAACCGGCCCGAAAACCUUCCAGGAAGAGGAAACCUCAGGCCGCCAUAGACUGA